AUGACAGGUCCCCUUGGAAGAUUCUGCUUCCCCCUGAUGAAGAAUGUUGCGGAUGCUACCUAUUCUGCAAAUAUCAUUUCGACGGCCGAAAAACUCAAAAACAGCACCAAGCACCUCUCCACCGUAUUUAUCGUGAUAGAAGUUUAG